AUGUUUUCCGUCUUCGCGCGGCGCUGUCGUUCCACCACGCCGCGCCCGUGCCGUUUUUCUCGGCGCCGCUUCUCUGCGCAGCGGGCCUUGUGGCGUUGGGGAGCCACCGAUGCGGAGGUGCCAGAAGUGUCGCGAACUCCGCAGGUGGUCCCGGAAGGUGUCAAUGCCUCGGCGAUUGCCUGUGGCCCGACGCACUCUGCCUUCGUUGUUGAUGGCCAGCUGUACAGCUACGGCUCCAAUCGCCACAGCAAGUUGGGUCGAGCUGACAGCGACGGUUCCGAAAGGUCGCCUCAGCCUGUGCUCGUGGAAGCUUCAGAUGGGCACCGACCUGCUGUGGCCUCCAUUGCUUUAGGCGGAAAUCAUUCCGCGGCCAUCACGGAGGGUGGUGUCCUUUGGACCUGGGGCUACGGUGGUAGCCUGUGGCAUGGCGCCGGCGGCUGCGGGCAAGGCCGGCGUGGCGAGGUCUCAAGGCCUGAGAUGGUGAUGCCCUUCGUGUCGCAAGGUAUCGAAGUGUCCCAGGUCGCUUGUGGUGACCUCCACACUUUGGUCCUGGACCGCCAGGGCCGCGUCCAUAGCACCGGGCAGGGCAUCCAUGGUGUGCUGGGCCGUGGAGGGUUGGCCUCAACCGGGGAAGAACUGGACUUCCAGGAGGUGGUGUACUUUCGCAAGACCACCGACUCCAUCAUGGCGCCGGGCCUCGAACCGCAGAUCAUCAAGCUGGAUGCGGGGAGGGAGUUCUCGGCUGCCAUGUCGUCGCAUGGUGAACUCUGGGUCUGGGGGCGCAAUGAUUACGGUCAGCUGGGCAUGGGAUUUGAGGUCAUGAAGGAUCGAGACUUCUGCAUGAAGUAUCCCUUCCUCAUGCGCCAGCUCCCCAUGGAGGGCCAUGUCUUCCGGGAUUUCGCCUGCGGUGACCGACACAUGGUGGCGGUGACCACGGCGGGUGCCAUCUACGAGUGGGGCGAUCGAAGGAACUUCGAGCCCACGGCCAUCACCUUGCCGAGUCGGUACCAGGAAGGCUUGAAAGGUGUCUGGAAGGUGGCCGCUGGCGAAGGCUAUUCCUUCGCCUUGACACUAAGUGGAGAGUUGUACUCCUGGGGUCGUCCCUUGAGUGGCUGCCUGGCACUGCCGAGCGACGCGGACGCCGACUCCAGGGACGCCAGGGACCCGCUGGUGCCGCGGCCCCAAAGGGUGCCCUUCGAGGUUUUCGGUGGCGGCGAUGUGCGCGUGCUGGACAUUGCGGCAUCCAAACAGCGAUGUUUGGCCAUCACAGAGAGUGGAUGA